UCAUUUCACACAGCGAAGCGAAGAGAACAGAGUAAGUCAUAGUGUACAGAAACAUCCUUCCAGAGAGUUCGAGCGACAGCGCCGUUAACGCAUUCUCAUUACUCCGGUUUAUCUUCUCCAACAUUUAGGAGUCAAGUCAGGUACUGGUACCAAUAUGAGAUUACUGGGCCUGUUUCUGGUGGUGGUCGGCUGCGUGUACGCCGAUGAUGAUGACAAGAAGGAAAAUGUCGGCACUGUGGUGGGCAUUGACCUUGGCACCACAUACUCCUGUGUCGGUGUCUUCAAGAACGGCCGAGUUGAGAUCAUCGCCAACGACCAAGGUAACCGCAUCACUCCAUCCUAUGUGGCCUUUACCAGCGAGGGCGAGCGUCUGAUCGGAGAUGCCGCAAAAAACCAGCUCACGUCCAACCCAGAGAACACCAUCUUUGACGCCAAGAGGCUGAUCGGGCGUACAUGGGGUGACUCCUCCGUGCAGCAGGACAUCAAGUAUCUGCCAUUCAAAGUUCUUGAGAAGAAGACCAAGCCCCAUAUUCAGGUAGAGGUUGGUGCUGGGCAGUUGAAGACUUUUGCUCCUGAGGAGAUCUCCGCCAUGGUGCUUACUAAGAUGAAGGAAACUGCAGAGGCUUACUUGGGAAAGCCGGUGACGCAUGCUGUGGUUACAGUCCCUGCCUACUUCAAUGAUGCUCAGCGUCAAGCCACCAAGGAUGCCGGUACUAUCGCCGGCCUAAACGUGAUGAGAAUCAUCAAUGAGCCAACCGCUGCUGCCAUCGCCUAUGGUCUGGACAAAAAGGACGGCGAGAAGAACAUCCUGGUGUUUGACCUCGGUGGUGGUACCUUCGAUGUCUCCCUGCUGACCAUCGAUAACGGUGUCUUCGAAGUGGUGGCUACCAAUGGAGACACUCACCUUGGAGGUGAAGACUUCGACCAGCGUGUCAUGGAUCACUUCAUCAAGCUGUACAAGAAAAAGACCGGAAAGGACGUCCGCAAGGAUGUCCGCGCCGUCCAGAAGCUGCGUCGUGAGGUGGAGAAGGCCAAGAGGGCCCUGUCCUCUCAGCACCAGGCCCGAAUUGAGAUUGAGUCCUUCUUCGAGGGUGAGGACUUCUCAGAGACCCUGACCCGUGCCAAGUUUGAAGAGCUCAACAUGGAUCUAUUCCGCUCCACCAUGAAACCCGUGCAGAAAGUCCUGGAAGAUUCUGACCUGAAGAAGUCUGACAUCCAUGAGAUCGUCCUUGUGGGCGGAUCUACUCGUAUCCCAAAGAUCCAGCAGCUGGUGAAGGAGUUCUUCAAUGGCAAAGAGCCGUCAAGGGGCAUCAACCCUGAUGAGGCCGUGGCUUACGGAGCUGCUGUGCAGGCUGGAGUUCUCUCAGGAGAGGAAGAUACAGGAAACAUUGUGCUUUUGGACGUGUGCCCUCUGACUCUUGGUAUCGAGACUGUUGGAGGUGUGAUGACCAAACUCAUCCCUAGGAACACUGUCGUGCCCACCAAGAAGUCUCAGAUCUUCUCCACAGCUUCUGACAACCAGCCAACUGUCACCAUUAAAGUUUAUGAAGGUGAACGUCCACUGACCAAAGACAACCACCUCCUGGGCACCUUUGACCUAACAGGCAUCCCUCCAGCACCCCGUGGCGUUCCACAAAUCGAGGUCACAUUUGAAAUUGACGUCAACGGCAUCCUAAGGGUCACGGCUGAAGAUAAGGGCACGGGCAACAAGAACAAGAUCACCAUCACUAAUGACCAGAACCGGUUAACGCCCGAAGACAUUGAGCGCAUGGUGAACGACGCUGAGCGCUUUGCGGAUGAAGACAAGAAGCUGAAGGAGCGCAUCGACUCCCGGAACGAGCUUGAGAGCUACGCCUACUCGCUCAAGAACCAGGUAGGAGACAAGGAGAAGCUGGGUGGCAAACUGUCCUCUGAAGACAAGGAGACCAUCGAAAAAGCAGUGGAGGAAAAGAUUGAGUGGCUCGAGUCGCACCAGGAUGCUGAAAUCGAAGACUUCCAAGCUAAGAAGAAAGAGCUGGAAGAAAUCGUCCAGCCGAUCAUCAGCAAGCUGUACGGUAGCGCAGGCGGACCACCACCAGAAGAGGGUGGUGAAGAUGAGAAGGACGAGUUGUAGGUUGCUGCCUGAUUCCAUUUUUCAAGCUGGGUUUUUUUUCUUUUCUUUUUUUUCCUUUCAGCUCUCCUGAUAUGCCCUUACCCUCUCUGGAUUGAGAAAAAAGAAAAAAAAAAAAAAAAAACAGGACAGAUGUACAUAGUUGAUGGACAAUUGUGAGGCGAAGGUAUAAACAGGUGGGGCAAGCAUAAAAUCACAAAUUACUUCUGAAAAGGACUUUGAGCACAUCAAGAGUUGUUGCUCUUCACCGAGGUGGAGAUUUAAUCAGCCUGGAUUGAGGCUUGCUGCUGUUCUCAGGCAGUUGGAGAGGAGUUCUGUGGAUUUGGGUGGGUUCGGGCAGGGUGGGUGGGAAGGGGUUAGAAUUUAGUGGGUGUGUUGGGUCCUGGGGAAAAACAUCAAUGUUCACAAACUCAAGUUAUUUAUUUAAAUCUGGCGAAUGUAGAGCGUUUCUACCGCAAACUCAUGGAAAUAAAUGUUUGAUACAAAAUGA